AUGGGUUUCUAUGGUGUCAUUCAAGAAAUUUGGGACCUUGACUACCAAAAGUUUACAAUCCCAGUCUUUAGGAAUGACCAAUUUGUUUUGGCUUCUCAAGUCAAACAAGUAUUUUUUGUUGACGACCCGAUGCAUCGUGGUUGGUCGGUAGUGUUAUCAAUGCCUAAUAGAGAAUAUAAUGAUGUUAUUGGUGAUGAUGUCUUAGGUGAUGUGAGAAUUGAGUGUGAGCCAUUUACUAGGGGGAUGCCAAAUGUUGACACAUUUGAUGAAGUGGUGGUUGAGUUAGGGAGUCAAAAUAUUCGAGAUGGGUGUGAAGAUAUAUGGGUUGAAUGA